UGUGUGUGUGUUGAAUGAUGAUGUUGUGUUUGUGUAAGGCUUGCAAGGGCUUGUGGAAAUCUCUUCCUUGUCUUUCCUCUACUCUGCAAUUCUUGCGCUCACUCCCUCCCUUCGCUUCUCCGUUUCUGUCUCAGUGUUUGGCACUUAGGGGUCAAUGGAGGUCCUUUAUGACUGAGAACUUUGGACAAGGAGAAGAUUUCAUAUCCUGAGGCACACUGUCAGAGUUGUAUCCAUCUCCUCUAUCAAAACUCUACGAUGGAGAGUGUUGGGGAGGCCCUGCAGAAACUAAAGGAGGUCUAUGAGCAAGAGGUAGAAGAAUGGCAGGAAAAAAUGCUGGGAAUGACCAAUCAGAAGACCACUGAUGCGAAACGAAUUGAGGAGCUCUUCGGUAGGAACCAGCAGCUUCGAGACCAGCAGCGCUCUUUGACUGAAAAUAUCAAACAACUUGAGAAUAGGUUGCGGGCAGGGCUAUGUGACCGCUGUACUGUGACACAGGAUGUGGCCAACAGGAGGCAGCAGGAAUAUGAGACAUCUCAGCUCCAGAGCCUCCAGCACAUCUCAACCCUAGUGAGGGAGAUAGCCACACUCAGGAGGGACAACAAGAGACUGCUCGAGGAGGUCAAGAACCUGCGUACAGCUCUGAGGAAUCAGAAUGGGCGCUCGGCUGAGACAGCAUCUCCAGAAGUGAAGAAGUCACCAACACCAAGCUCUCCACUGUCUCUGAUGCUAGGUGCUGGCCAGAAGUCUACCACUUCACCAACAGGGGGCACCGUCCAAAAGAGUGAGGCAGGACAUGGUGGCCUCUCCAUGACUGAGGACAGCAAGCCUGCGGAUGGAAUGAGCCAGCCACAGAGUUUUGAGCUGAUUCGGUACAACAGCCCUCCUCUCUCCCAGCCGUCACCUCUCACCGCGGCCUGGAGGACAGUGCAGAGUAUCGGCCGGGAACCCCCAGCUCCACAGAGAAGAGCCAGAAGCACGGAUGCAUCAGAAAGUGUGUACCCACCCUCAAUGCUCUUGCUGAAGAACAACCCUUUCAACUCCACAUCCACCACACCAGCGGAAAAGUGGGGAUCCUCAAAGGUCCACACCCCGAUCCCCUUCCGACCACAACCCAUCAAAUCCCACAAGUUCCCCGACCCCUGGCACCUGACGGACAACCCCGACUGGGUGACCAUGUCCGUCAUGGCUGAGGGAGGAACGGUGAUCCACCACAACCCCAAAAUGCUGCAGCUGCCGGGCAUGAUCCACAGCACGGUCCACCAAACCGCCCAGGAGAGGGUCCUCAGCGCACAGAGAUUCUGGGCUAACCUCAAGCCUGCCACGAAAGGCAACGGAGACGCCCCAAGGAGCCUGUCAGAAGGCGACGAGGGUGUCAAAAAUGUGGAAGAGACAGCUGGGUCCAGGCCAGCCUCAGCGUCCGAGACCAGCCAGAGCGGGAAGACUGCCGAUGCAGCUGGUGCGGCAGGUGCGGCGGGUGAGCCAGGUGAGGGUGUGGCGGAUGGUGUGCCAGAGGACAGCGUGGACAACGACACCCCUUUAGACCUGUCAGAGUCUGGCUGUGCCAAAACCGUCAAGGGUCCAUGGGGGGCUCCGGUCAAGGCCACUCCUCCCUCUGCAGACUCCUCCCGCCCCUCGUCUUCUUCAUCAUCAUCAUCCUCAUCACCGCCUACACCGUCGUCAUCCUCGGUGGCGUCACCUGGCUCUCGGAGUGAGCAGACACUGGGAGAGUUUAAUUUGCAGGAUGCUACUGAUGACGAUGUCUUGGCCGCAGAGAAUAGCAAGACAGAUGAAAUUGUGGACCUUUGUAUGAGAACAGAGAAAUCAAAAGUGUCUGCACUCACACUGUCUCUUCAGCCAGUGGUGGUCUUGGAGAACAUGAAAAGAAGGCUCUGCGGACAGAAUCCCAGUGACGGCUGGCAGAUAAGGCAGGAGCCGGAGAAAGACGAGUAUGAAGAUGAGGCAGAGAAGGAGGAACAAAGAAACCAGAGGAAACGACUGAGACGGGAGAGAGAGUCUUUGCAGCCCACUGGUGUUAUGGAGAAGCGGGCAAGGAUGGGAGGGCGGCCUAAGGAGAAAAGACCAGAGGAGCAGGGAUGACCACGCACUACCAGCAGCAGUGACUGAAUGAGGACAGAAGCACUUGCUAGGCUACCAUUACAACUUUGAGCAAAACUUGUCAGAUUUUCAACAAGUCGAAAAACCACAAUAGUGAAUGGUCAGCUUAAAUAUUGUUUUUUAUCUUGUUGUGAUAGUCAUUCCAGAUAAAUGGAACAACCGAUCUUCUUAAAUAUGUUAUGUUUUGGCAGUUUAACUUCAAUUGCAGCCACCAAAAGCCGUGGUAGUUAGAAAUUGAGGGUGACAGAAUAAGAAAAGCUUAAACCAAUUAUACUUGGUAGAGAGAUAAUGUACUGUAUGACAUUAUUUUGGGUGGGGAUUGCCCACAAUUAUAAUUGUAAAUGCUUCCAUUUUGUUAUUACUUGGUGUAGACAUGUGGAACGAUGCCUCACCUCAAGUAAGUUUGUCUCUAUAUCAGAACACUCAAAAUAUACCAUGUUAUUGAAUAGAUAUUGUGUCAUUUGACUCCCCACCAAAUGCAAAGAGUGUAUAACCUUUUUAGGAUAUUUGUGAGUUUUGUUGUUGUUGUUGUUGUUGAUUUUGUUUUUUUUUUUUUACCAUUCUUUAAUGUAUACAUUUCUGUUACGGCCCAUGAUAAGCUCUGAACAUGGAUUAAAAGACCACAGAGACGGAGUACAAAAAGAGGGGUAGUUUAUUUGGUAACCCUCGCAAAAAUGGUCAAGAUCGGCCAAAAGGCCCAAAAACAGUGAUUCCUCACAGGGCGCAAUAUUGAAAAGCAGACGAAAGCGAGAUGGCACUGGCCACGAGCCGGAGUCACAAUCCUCAUCUGCUAGGUUGGUUAGAGAGAGGGAGAAACAAGCAGCAGGUGGGCUUAAGUAGGCUGCGCCAGGUGCACCUGAUUAAGUAGCUAACCUGUGGGCACAUGGAAAAAGGUGAAAACACAAGGCAUACCUGCACCAGCAGGGGGAGCUAAAAUUAAAUCAGAAAUGGAUCAGGUUUACAAAUUAUAAGGGUUCGUACAAGUUUUUCAUUUCGCAAUUUAGAUAACCUGAGGGUUUUGAACCCAUGGGAAUUAUUCUGACUGCAUGGUU